GCAUGCUAUUUUUGGAAAGAAGUUCCUAACGUUGUCCGCCAUAAAAAGAAAUUUUACGAUUCGAUCUUCAUAAUAAUUCAAAGCUGCGGGAGCUACUAUACCAAACUCUGGAUUUCUGCAGUGUCAAUGACGUUCGACUAAUCUGUUUAUAAAUAACACAACCUUUAUCAAACGUAGCUUCUCUCACACAGGCAGAACACACAAUUCGAAUCGCAUUUCUCUUUGAAAGUUCGGUGUGAAUUUACAGAAAUGGCUGAUGAAGAAUUGGAAGCUAUAAGACAGCAACGUAUGGCCGAACUGCAAGCAAAACAUGGGGACCGUUCCAGUGACCAGCAGGGACAACAGGAAGCCAAACAGAGAGAGACUGAGAUGAGAAACUCUAUAUUGGCUCAAGUCUUGGAUCAGUCUGCACGUGCCAGAUUGAGUAAUUUGGCUCUUGUGAAGCCAGAUAAAGCAAAAGCUGUGGAGAAUUACUUGAUACAGAUGGCUCGGUUUGGACAACUUGGAGGAAAGAUUACAGAAGCUGGAUUAAUAGAGAUCUUGGAGAAAGUAAGUCAACAAACAGAGAAGAAAACCACUGUAAAGUUUAAUCGACGUCGUGUAAUGGACUCGGAUGAAGAGAAUGAUGAUGACUAAUAUGCAAGUGCAGUUGAUCUGCUGGGAUUUUUGUACUCAUGGUACUUCUGGCACUCUGGUCUGACUGCUGACUAGGACAUAACAACAAAUGACCAAUCAAUUGUUCUGCCCAAAACAAUUACAGCCAAAGAUCUUUGAUCUGUGGUUAAACAGAAUGUCUUUGACUAAUGUUUCUGUUAUGCCUUCUCUUUUUUCAGUUUAGCAUAAUCUCAUCAUUUUUCUUUACCUCAAAACAAUACAUUGCAGAAAAGGUGUUACCGUAAUUAUGGGGAUCUGGCCACACAUUUCUGGAGACGUGCAAACUUUUACAUAAUAAAGCAAUUAACAAAA